AGGCUUUCUCUGGCUCUCUACCGCGUCUCGUCUCCGAAGAACAACAUCGAGAAUUUCGUUGAGCUCAUCAACUGAAUUCGCUCUCGUCACUUUGUUCGCCUCUCGUUUCUUCGAAUUUCCAAAGAACGGUAGAAGAAACCAUGGAUCCAGCUGAAAUGAGAUACUUGGAAGAAGAGGAUGGUCCAAUGAUGAAGACAAUCAAAGGUAGUGUCACUGGUUUUGGUGCUGGGACUAUUUACGGAACCAUUUUAGCGACAUGGAAAGACGUUCCAAGAGUGGAGAGAAAUGUGGCUCUUCCAGGACUCAUCAGAACACUGAAGAUGAUGGGAACACACGGGCUGACUUUCGCUGCCAUUGGGGGCGUUUACAUCGGUGUUGAACAGCUGGUUCAGCAUUAUAGAUCAAAGAGAGACUUUUUCAAUGGCGCUAUUGGUGGUUUUGUGGCUGGAGCUUCUGUGCUUGGCUAUAGAGCAAGGAGCAUCCCGACAGCGAUAUCUGCAGGUGCAGCUCUAGCUGUAACCUCUGCUUUGAUUGACUCUGGAGGUCAGACCACAAGAGUAGACAAUGGCAGAGAAUAUUAUCCUUACACCGUCGAGAAAAGAGCUGAAGCUGAUGCCUGAUUUCUCUUUUGGUGACUGAUAUCAAUAAGCUGUGCAUUCGCUGAUCUUGAGAUUAUCUCUCGUUUUUUGUUUUGUUUAAUGUAUCUGGUAAUGUGAAAUCAUAAAACGCUUUGCUCUUUUUUCCUCAUGUUUUUUCUGGAGAGUGACUUGCAUGCAUCUUUUGUCUGAAUGUUUCCUACAAUAAAAAUAUCAACUUUGUCCGCAAAUGUAAGAAAUGCAAUUGUGAUCA